AUGUCAGAUCUCGGGGACUGGUUCAGAAGCAUCCCUUUCAUCACCCGGACCUGGUUUGCUGCCUCGAUUGCUGUUCCCUUUAUUGGGAAACUAGGAUUGAUUGAUUUCAGGAACCUCAUGCUGUUUCCAGAGCUGGUCUUAAGCAGAUUUCAUCUCUGGAGACCAGUGACUGCCACCUUGUAUUUCCCAAUAACCCCUAAUACUGGGUUUCUGUACCUGGUCAACCUGUAUUUCCUCUACCACUACUCCAGUCGGCUAGAGACAGGGGCGUUUGAGAGCAGACCUGCAGACUAUAUCUUCAUGCUCUUCUUCAACUGGAUCUGUAUUGUUAUAACUGGGCUGCUGAUGAACAUGCGGCUGCUGAUGAUCCCACUGAUCAUGUCGGUGCUCUACGUCUGGGCUCAGUUCAACAAAGACACCAUCGUGUCCUUCUGGUUCGGAACACGAUUCAAGGCACAUUAUCUACCAUGGGUCAUCCUGGCCUUCAACUUCAUCAUCGGAGGCUCCUUUGUGAAUGAACUGACAGGGAACCUGGUGGGUCACCUCUACUUCUUCCUCAUGUUCAAAUACCCCAUGGACCUGGGAGGACGCUCUCUGCUCUCCACACCAGAGUUCUUGUAUCGGUACUUUCCUAACAGGAGAGGAGGGGUGUCAGGCUUUGGAGUCCCUCCCAGCAGACCAGCUGCCCAGGAGCAGGGCGGUGGAGGAGGAGGCGGUGGAGGAGGAGGAGGAUUAAGAGGACGUCACCAAUGGGGCGAAGGUUUCCGCCUGGGGGGUGAAUGAGCAGACAGGAGGAGAGAGAGAGCUUCACCCCGUUUACUCCCAGUAACAAAUGGCGUUGAUGUUUCAGGUUAAAGUGCGUGCUUUUUCUCAUUCUUCCGUUUGAGGGAAAAUCUUGAUUUAAAAUUUAAUUCACAUUCAUGUUUUAGUUUUUUUAAAGGGUACAAGAGAAUACAAUUUGAAUAGGCACGCAUUUUAACCAAGACUGCAGGACUCAAGACUCUGGCCUUAAACUCAAUUCACCACGUAAAGCCAGCUCUAUUACUAUGUGAAGCAGAUGGAAGGAAAUAUAAUUAAAGAUUUUUUUUAUGUGAUGAUUCUUAAACUCCACAUCCCUUUUCUUCUUUCUACCCCCUCCCUCCACUUUUUCUCCACAACCUGCCAUCGGACUGUCAAGACGAGAGAUGUUGCAGCUGCACACCAGCACACUGUUGAUUUUUGACUCGUGUUCCUGUCCUCUCUCUCUCUCUCUCCCCCCCUCCCCCCUCCCCCUCCCCCCCUCCCCCUCCCCAUGCCGUAUCAGAUUACAUUGUAAUUACCAACGCCCUGGGAGUGUGCUCUCAGCAGAACAUGUGCAAAGCUAUUCAGAGAGCACUGUUUCCAGGUCUGAUUGUUCAUGGGUGUAAACUGUUUUUUUAAGCCUCUGUCUUAGGAUCUGAUCUUAACCAAAAUAAGGUGAAGAUGGGAUAUUGCUUUUUUUUUUUGUAAAUAUAACAGUUGUUUAUUGAAAGGAUGAGCGAGUCUGAGUAAUUAAUGUACUAUUCAUGUUUCCUGAAUGAAACACUUGGAUUUUCUCUCGUCAGCCAAUUAUGUGCCGGUGAGGCUGGAUGAGAAUCACUGUGACUAUUUGUACGAUAUACAAUUGGUCAGACACAAACUAUUAUUUUCAUAAUCAACCAAUUAUCGGCCAAUUAUUUUGUCAUGAAUCAAACAUUGUUCUAUAAAUGUCAUAAAAUGGUGAAAUUGCU